GUCAUGACUUCGCCAUCCUAGGAAAUAAUAUCGUUAAACGGUUCCUUGUCAUCAUAUGAACACUGAGACCAGAACCCGUCAGCAGGUUCUCUGGUGUUUACACAUGGAUCCACAUCUGACCAUCGUGCUGCUGGGACACUCUGGAGUCGGUAAAAGUGCUUCAGGAAACACCAUCUUAGGACAAGGAACGUUUGAGUCAAGACGGGCCUUCACAUCAGUGACAAAACAGAUCUCUGAGCAGACAGGAAGUGUGUUUGGGAAUCAGAUCUCAGUGAUCGACACUCCAGGAAUAUUAGGCUCAGAGAAGGAGGAGGAGAUCAGGACCUGCUGUCAGAACCUCCUGCGGUCCUCCAGACGUAAACUCUUCCUGGUUGUGGUGAAGAUCGAUCGGUUCACCAUCGAGCAGAAGGACGCUGUGGAGGCAGCGGUCAGAGCUGUCGGAGACGAUGGGUUGACAGACAGUUAUAUGCUUUUCACAAAUGGAGAUAAAUUAAACAACAUGUCACUGGAGGAUUUUCUCAACGAGGAUCCAGAAAGUCCACUUCCAGGACUUGUUCGGAAGUUUGCAGGGACUCAUGUGUUCAACAAUGAAAAUGGAGGACAGGAACAAGUCAGAGAGCUGCUGCUGAAGUCAGGCCAUCUUCAGGACGUUGUUCGUCCCAGACUGUAUGGUGUGGUCAGGAGGAUAGUUCUGCUGGGUCUACCUGGAGACGGGAAGAGUUUAUCAGGAAACACCAUCCUGGGGUCAAAUCAGUUUAUACCAGGCUGUAGCUUUGAUCCAAUCACUACAGAGAGUGUCUCUGAGUCAGCAGAGGUGGAGGGUCGGCAGAUCACUGUGGUCGACACUCCUGGGUUCACUGGAAGAGUUCUGACUCCCAGAAAGCUGUACGAUGAGAUCAUGAAGGCAAUAGAUGAGGCCAGUCAGGAACCACACGCCUUCAUCAUUGUGGUCAAACAGGGCAGAGUCUCUGAUGCACAUGUCAUACUGUUUAAGAUACUGCCAAAACUGUUCGGCAGUGAUGCUUCUAAGUACACCAUAGUGCUGUUCACUCAUGGAGAUCAGUUAGGAGGUCAGCCCAUUGAUAAUCUGAUUCAGGCCAACAGAGAUGUGUCUAAACUGGUCUCCAUGUGUAAUGGUAGGUACUGUGUGUUUGACAACACAAAGAGAGGAAACAGACAGCAGGUUAAAGACCUGCUGAAUAAAAUAGAUGAGAUGAUCACAGCUAGUGCAACAGGGCCCUACACCACUGACAGGUUCUACAAGGUUCAGACGCUUCCAGUGAAAGUUUCCAUAAAAUGGGAUGAAUUCCUGGAAUGGUUCCGACAGAAGCUCCAGGAAAUGGAUACAAAUCGCAGUAGAACCAGGUAUACCAAACUAAGUGAAGAACAUGAGGGCAGUGAUGGAGAGGCUGUAGAGCUCCAGGUUCAAUGAAUUAUGUAUCAUAAUCUGGACUCAACUCUUGGACUCGACCCAUCUCUAACCUCCCUUCCUGUCAGAAACACUGUUCAUAAAUUCACACCUUUGACUGAAAUACAAUGAUUUAUUACAUCAGUCCUCACUGAUCUUUACUUAAACAUGUAAAUUCCUCUCAGAUCACAUCGACUUUCUCUCAUUUUAAACAACUUUUGGAUACUUUCAGGUAAUAAUUGAUAUGUUGCUUUAUAUAUAGUUUGAACUGUUUCAAAGUCGACCAAAUGUUACAAUGAGUUUGAAUAUUUACAAGUUAUUGUAUACAUGUAUGAAUGAAUAUGAAUUUUUGCAGCUCCAUGUGAAUUUUAUUGUUCGGUUUUAUGUAUUUUAUAUACUGUAAUAUGUGGUGUUAGUUUGUACUAUACUUGUCUCUAUACAAAUAAACAUUCAAUUAAUGAAAUACAAGUGAUG